AUGGCUAAAAGGGUUCAACAAAUAGCUAGUCAUUUAACAGGAUACAGCAAUCCUUGUGUUGCUCGAAUUGGUCAGAAAAGUCCUGAAGAUGUUGUCAUAGUAACUGCAGUUCGUACCCCUUUGACAAAGGCAAAAAAAGGUGGUUUCAAGGAUACUCUUCCCGAAGAAUUGUUGGCAGCUGUUUUUAAAGCUAUUCUUGAUAAGUCGAAAAUUGAUCCUAAAUCCAUUGAAGACAUCGCGGUUGGAAACGUACUUCCAGCUGGUGGGGGUGCUACUGUUGCUCGUGCUGCUGCGUUAUAUGCUGGCAUCCCGAAUACUAGUGCCUUAAAUACCGUUAAUAGGCAAUGUUCUUCUGGUUUGCAAGCAACUGUACAAAUUGCACAUGAAAUUGCGCUUGAUCAAAUCGAAAUAGGAAUUGUUGAAAGUAUGACUUUUGGAUAUGGUGCUGGUGUCAUGCCUGAACAAACAUCAGAAGUUGUAUUCUCGAAUCAAGAGGCAGCCGAUUGUUUAUUACCUAUGGGAAUUACUUCCGAAAAUGUAGCAAAGAAAUUUGGAGUAAGCCGUCAAAAGCAAGAUUCUUUUUCAGCUUUAUCUCACAAAAAAGCAGCUGCCGCUCAAGCCGCUGGACUCUUUAAGGAAGAAAUCAUUCCCGUGAAGACCAAAUGGGUUGAUCCUAAAACGGAAGAAGAAAAAACUAUUGUUGUUUCUGAAGAUGAUGGUAUUCGAAAGAGUACUACUGUUGAAGGUUUGGCAAAAUUGAAACCUGCAUUUGCGAAAGAUGGUACUACUACUGCUGGUAGUUCCUCUCAAGUUUCAGAUGGUGCAGCUGCUGUUUUGCUUAUGAAAAGAAAGAAAGCCGAAAAACUUGGAUUACCAAUUCUUGGUAAAUUUAUUCGUGCCAGUGUUGUUGGUGUUCCUCCAAAUGUCAUGGGUAUCGGUCCCGCUUAUGCUAUUCCAAGUGUUCUCAAACAAGUUGGUCUCGGAAUCAAUGAUAUUGAUAUUUAUGAAAUUAAUGAAGCUUUUGCUUCUCAAGCCGUUUAUUGUGUUGAGAAAUUGGGUAUUGAUAUAAAUAAAGUUAAUCCAAAAGGUGGAGCUAUAGCAAUUGGACAUCCUCUUGGAUGCACAGGUGCUCGUCAAAUUUCUACACUCUUAUAUGAAUUGAGAAGAACAAAUAAGAAACUUGGUGUUAUUUCUAUGUGUGUCGGUUCUGGUAUGGGUAUGGCAGCAGUUUUUGAAGCUGAAAAGUAA